AUGACGGGUAGAGAUAUUUUUGAAGCUGUGUCAGAGGCAGUUGAAAAGAUGCAGCUUAAAUGGGACAAGCUCUGUGGAGUAACAACGGAUGGAGCUCCGGCCAUGACGUGCGAUCGUAAAGGAAUGGCAUCGAUGGUGUGCGCCAAGGUAAAAGAGAGCGGAGGUGAGGCUUUUAGGAUGCACUGUAUAAUCCACCAAGAAGCACUGUGUGCCAAGACUGUCCAGCUGGGCGAUGUGAUGAACACUGUUGUAAAAACUGUCAACAUAAUUCGAGCUAGAGGUCUGUACCACAGAGAAUUUCAAGCGUUCCUUUCUGAAGUGGAUGCUGAAUACGGGGAUGUACUCUACCACUCUGAGGUGCGCUGGCUGAGCCGCGGCUAUGUGCCGCAGCGGUUUUAUUCGAUGAGAUCAGAAAUCGAUCGGUUUAUGAAAGAAAAGGGCCGACCUCUUCAUGAACCGAGUGACCCUCUGUGGCUAGCCAACCUGGCAUCUUUAGUUGAUCUUACUCAUCAUCUGAAUACACUGAACAAGAACCUACAAGGCAAACAACAGCUGGUGCCACACCUGUAUGCGCACAUGAAAGCCCUCUGUGUAAAGCUCCGCCUGUUUGAGACGCAACUACGAAGCUUUAAUGCUGCACACUUCCCUGUGCUGUCUGAAAUCAAGUCUGCUUUUCCAAAGGCCGACCUUUCUGAUAAAAAGGGGAAAUGUGUCUGUGCAUCUCUCGUGACAGAAUUCAACAUGCGUUUCCAAGAUUUUUCUGUCAUUGAAAAACAAAUCAAGCUGUUCUCGACCCCCUUCCUGGUGGAUGCAGAAGAAGUGGAAGAGAGUCUGCAGUUAGAACUGAUUGAAAUGCAAUGCGAUGAUUCUCUGAAGAGUCAACAUCAGCUUCUCUCCCCCCUUGACUUCUAUCAGAGUUUGGAUAGUGCCAAGUUUCCUCUGAUGAGACGCCACACAAAAAGAAUGAUGAGCCUGUUCGGCUUAACAUACAUCUAUUUGCCUCACGUAAUCAUCUUGACAAAAGAGGACGAAGCCUGCAAACUGGUUAAAGAGGACCUAAGAAAGGUCUACACCAGCAAGAAGAUCAGAGAAAAGAUGGAGACGUGCAGGAAUCUGCUGGGUAUUCCAGUGAACCACAUCUUCCCUGUUAAAAACUACCAUGAGGAGAUGGACACAGACGAUGACAUGGAUGCUCUGAUUCUCAAAGCACUGGAUCAGAUCCAUUGUUCAUCUGGAUUCAUUGAACUGAAUAAAAUGGGAGGGUCUGAGUCUACACCUCAACAACCUCAAACACCUCCACCGCCUCCAGAAUUUGAUAAGCCAUGGAGGAUAAUGCCUUGGGGGAACAAAGACAAUUUAAGAGAGAAACUGAGGAACUUUAAGCUCUGCAGUUCUGACGUAAAGUUUGUCAAGCUUCUGAUCGUUGGUGAAGUUGGAGCAGGAAAGUCCAGCUUUAUAAAUUCAGUCAAUAAUGCUUUCCAAGAGCGAAUCACCAGUGGGGCUCUUGUUGAUGCACCAACUGGAACCACUUUCACAAAAAUUUACAAAACCCAUCAUAUCAAGGGGAAGGACGGCUCCCGUUUACCUUUUGUGUUCAAUGACGUCAUGGGACUUGAACCUGGCGAUAUCUACGGCGCACAUGUACAGGACAUCAUCACAGCCUUAAAGGGGUUUCUUGAGGAAGGAUAUAAAUUUAAUCCUGUUACUCCCGCGUCUGAGAAUGACUCCAACUACAAAACAAAUCCCAAAGUUUCUGAUCAAACCUUCUGCCUGGUCAACAUUAUACCUGCAACCAAAGUGUCACUCAUGGACCAAAAGCUUAUUCAAAAGAUGAAACGGAUCCGUGAGGUGGCAUCAGAGUAUAAUUUACCUCAAGUUAUCAUCUUGACAAAAGUGGAUGAAACCUGCCCUCUGGUUAAAGAUGACCUAAGAAAGGUCUACACCAGCAAAAAGAUCAAAGAAAAGAUGCAGGAGUGUAGUAAUCUGCUGGGUAUUCCAUUGAGCAACAUCUUCCCUGUGAAGAACUACCACGAGGAGGUGGAUACGAAUGAUGACAUGGAUGUUCUGAUCCUCAAGGCGCUCGAUCAGAUCGUGAAUCUCGCCAACGAUGCCCUGGAAGACCAAAACCCUAAUGGAGACGUGCAGGAAUCUGCUGGGUAUUCCAGUGAACCACAUCUUCCCUGUUAAAAACUACAAUGAGGAGAUGGACACAGACGAUGACAUGGAUGCUCUGAUUCUCAAAGCACUGAAUCAGAUCGUGAGCGUCGCCUGCGAUGCACUGAGAGAAAAAAAAAAGACAUCUCUGACCUCUGGUGAAAAAUCUGAGUAAGUUCUCAGAUCCCAAACGCCUCAGUGCAUUAGAGCAACACAGAGUGCUUUACAAAGCAUUAAAAACACAUUAGGAUUACAGUUAUUCCUAAAUGGAGAAGGGUACUAAGUAUGCAUCGCUAAAAUAAGAGUAAUGUAAUAUUCUGUCUUUAUGGAAUAUAUUCGAUUAUGUUAUGUUACUUUAGUUACAGUUUGAAUAAGACAAAGAUUUCACUCCCUUUCAGAGUUAAUACACCGUAAAUGUAAGACUCUGACCAGGAUGUCUCACUCCUCAGUCCUUCAGUCCAGCAGAUCAGCUGUUGGGAAAUCAGAUUUGAAAAUCAGCAGAAUUAGCAUGUUAGCCAAGUUCUUUGGUCUGUGGUUUGAAAUCGUGCCUUGCUUUUCGUGCUGUCACCAUUAAUUACAGAUUUAAGUGCAUUUUAAUAACCUUUUGCAGCACAAAACAGAACAUCUACAAAUAUGUAAUAUUGUAUUAGAGAUGUCUGAAUGAAACAACAGAUUGUUUAUUUUGAGGCCGUUGUCAUUAUUUGCAUGAUUAUUAAUUUCUGUAUUAUUUAAAUAAACUGUACCUGAGGUGUUAAAACGCUUCAUUAAUAUAAGACAUUAAUAUAAGACCACUACUACAAAACUGCACAACAGCAGCUGAUGUAAACACACAAGGCGUGCACCCGGAAAUGACCUGACUUCCUGUAAAGAGUAAGAUCAUGUUUAAGGGUGUAAAAAUAACGGUGAAAAACAAACGAUGUGAACAACUUUCAGUUUCAGUUUACAGUAAAUCAUGCUCUUUCAAGAAAGGUGUGUGUGUGUGUGUGUGUGUGUGUGUGUGUGUGUGUGUGUGUGUGUGUGUGUGUGUGUCUGGACAGAAAGUGAAAGUAGAAUAGGGUUCAAAAACAAGGUAUAAAAGUGGGGACCUGGGAAGCUGCUCUAAUAGUCGACGCAGUCAGAAGCUCAUUGUUCAUCUGGAUUCAUGGAUAUGUUUAAUGUAUGGAAUGAAUUUAGUCGGUUGUUUACACCUCAACAACCUCAAACACCUCCACCGCCUCCAGCGCGCGGUAUAUAUGCGGACAUGAUUACCCUCGCAACUGCUAACAGCUGAGGGUAAUCCGGACACACAUGACUUCCCAGCAAAUGACGGAACAGGGAGGAGACAUGACAGACAUAAACAAAACCCACGUGUCCCGAUGUCCCUACGGUCACAGCGGAAAAGCAGGUGCUCGCGCAUUCGCGCUUCGAGCACGCUGCUUCAAGGGGGAAUCGUGACAGUACGUGUCUAGCAAUCAGGUCCAUUUUUUUAAAAACAUGGAAAUAUAUUGAAUACUCUGCAUGUUCAUUGACUUAGAAACUUACAGGUUAUCUAUAUUCCACAUAUAAAUGCAAAACUGUAACCAGGGUGACAUUAUUUUUUUCUUUGUUUUUAAGAAUUUGAUAAGCCAUGGAGGAUAAUGCCUUGGGGG